AAAAUAUCGUCCGCAACUUACAGCUGUCAAAUAUUAAUUCUGAGACUCCUGUGUUUGUAGGAAUGCCUGGUGCUCCAGGGAUUCCUGGAGCACCAGGAGAACCAGGGAUGCCUGGAGCACGAGGACCACCAGGGGCAAGAGAGGAGGCGCUGGCGGACCAGCUGUGUAAAAAGGGCCCGAGGAGCUGCAAGGAGCUGUUGGCCAGAGGGAACACCCUGAGCGGCUGGUACACCGUUUACUCUUCGGACUGCACUGCCAUGACUGUGCUGUGUGACAUGGCCACAGACGGAGGAGGCUGGACUGUUUUCCAGAGACGGGUGGAUGGUUCAGAGGAUUUUUUCCGUGACUGGGACUCAUACAAGAGAGGUUUUGGCAACCAGCAGAUGGAAUUCUGGCUGGGAAACGACAACAUUCACCUGCUAACAUCUCAAGGAAAUAAUGAGCUGCGCAUCGACCUCAUGGAUUUUGAAACUGAGAAGUAUUUUGCCAAGUACAAAUCAUUCCAAAUUUUAGGAGAAUCUGAGAACUAUACGCUGAUUCUGGGAGACUUUCUCAAUGGCACAGCAGGUAGGUGCUGGCUGGGUUUUACUGUGAUCACAGCUAAGACGGAAUAGCAAAUUCAGCUGAGAUGUGCUGAAGUCUGGGGCAGCAGCAAAGUAAAUUCCGCCCUGUCUGCACAAUCUGAAAUUAGCCACUUAGAGAAGCACAUGCUCAGGUUCAGAGACAACACCUGAAAGCUUUGUCCCAGGCCCCUGUUGGGAAGAUGCCACCUUAUGUGCCACUGGGUUAACGAACAGGAUUCCUGGGCAUCCCUCACACACAUUGAGAACAUGCUCUGAAAUCUCCGACAGCUGGGUUCAUUUGAGGGCAGUGAAAUGCAUUGGAGAGGAUUCGCCAAAAGGAAGAGGAAGAGCAUCAUCGCCUCUUCUUCUCCCAGCGGGAUGGAGCAGUUUCUGAGCUCUAUCCCUCUGAUUACCCUGUGGGGUAAUGAGCACCUCCCCUCUCUCUCCUUCCCAGCAGUUCUCCCAUGAAGGCAGGGAGGGAACAUCAUCCCCUUGGAACAUGGCUCCCAAUUUCACUCACCACUGAGGACCCAUGACACUGGCACCAAUCACAGAAGUGCUCUUAGAUCAA